AAGCAUUGUCUGCGACAAUACGAAGAAUUAUCUAUUCCUUCGCGAGUUAGGGUUGACAAGGCUGGAUUUGCUUCUUCGUCGGAUCUCCUUGUCCGUGCUCUGUGUUCUGUUAGAUUUUCCGACAGGGGAUAUUGAUGGCGAACAACGGCGGCGAGCCGAGCUCGGCUCCACAGCCGGAAAGAUGGUACGGACUGAAACUAGGUUCUUCAUUCAAAGAACGGCCCUCCUCAAAGUACUGCACGCUUCGAUAUGAAUUUAAGCCAGCUUCAAUUGACAAGAACCAAGCAGGUAUGCUGCAUAAGACCAAGGAUAAUAGGGUGACAGUUGAAUUCAACAAUAAUCAACUUGGGAAGCCAAAGGUGACCUUUGAAGGAACUAGUGAGGAUUACAAGGACAAUGACGGUGUCUUGUUUUUCGACGGGAAGUCAUUUCGCCUGGAGCGUUUACAUCGAGCUGUAAAGAGGCUGAGGCAUGUGCGGCUACCUGGCGAAUUUGCAGCAGUUAACAAUGCGACUACGGUUACAAAUGCGCCAGCUGUGGAGUCACGAUCUCCUCCACUUGUCAAAACUAUGAAGUCACAAACAUUAAACAAACCAAUAAAUCAUGCAGUGCAUAUGGAGGUGGAAAGAAUUGAUAUUGGCGAUCCAGAUAGUUCAAAACCUUCAAAGAGAGCCUUUGACAUUCAUUCAGCUCUUCCAAAUCCUUCUUCAACAUCACCUGAUACCAAAACUCCUGAGCCAGAUGAUAAUGUGGACAUUCUAGAAGAUGAUGAUGGUCCACCCCCAAAAGCCAAUCCCUUUGGAUUAGACAUUAACUUGCCAAACCAAACUGACACAGAUGAUGAGAUUGCUGAUGUUGAUGUGAGUGACGACGACGGCGACAAAGGUCCAAAUGCAGCUGAAGCUCUUCGGGCGCAGGUCAACGCUGCGGAGGAGGGACAGCAGCAGGACCAGGAGCAGGAUGAAACCUCGAGUUCGAGCGGAACUAGUGGGACUGGUAGUAGUGGGAGUGGUAGUGGAAGUGGAAGUAGCAGUAGUGAUAGUGAUGAUAGUGAUGGUGAUUCUGCAACCUCAGGGGGAGAUAUUGAAAUCUAAAAAUUUGUUGUGAGAAGUUGUGAGACUUCUACAACCAUAGAGGGGUUAGGAGUGGCUCUAGUCCCAUUUAAAUUCUAAAAAAUCUUAUGCAAUUAUGUAUAAUAUGCAAGUUUUGUUCUUAAAUUCUCUUGCAAUUAUUUUUUGAUAUGUAUAUUAUAAAAGUUUAAUGAUUUUAUACUUA